AUGCUUGGCUACAGUACGGCAGAUGCAAAGGCUGCAAGAGCCAAGGCUGCAAGAGCCAAGGCUGCAAAAGCCAAGGCUGCAAAAGCCAAGGCACGUCGCGACACCCGACACUGCGACAGCAUAGAACGGGCCUCCUUCGCCUUGCCCACGCGGGCCCCGGCGGCGUUGCCGGGGAUGCCCACGUUGCAGGUUUGGCGGCGCGAGCUCCGGGGGCUCUGCAUGGACUUAGCCGAGCUUGGCAUUGGCCAAGGGCAGAGGACUGCACGAGACACUGCCCGGAGAGGCGCAAGAGAGGCUCGGAGAGGCUCGGGAGUGCAGGCCAUGGGGCCAUGGAGUGGCCCCGGAGCAGCCCUGAGCACUGCACCGUGA